AAAAGCAAAUCACUCAAAUGGUGACACAGCGCUCUGACUACUUCAGUCUCCUGCCUAUGCCAUGGCGCCUCCAACUCAGCCCGAUAUGAGCCCCACGAAGGACGUCUCGUCCCCCUGCCGUGUGGAGGACCACGACGUCGUGAUGGAAAACUCCGACACGCCGAGCACCCAGUCCGACUCCUCCGACAAAAGACCCGCCAGACCCCGACGUGUCAAAAAGGCCACAUACUUGGCGCGUAAAGAGGAAAAGGCCGUUUUACUUCAAGAAUUGAGCAUUUUACAAACUCAAUUGAAGCAACUCAAGCGCCAAACAGCUUUCGACGCUGCAAAAGCCGAACAGGAACGCAAUAGUGUGCAGCGAGAACUGUCCAAGGAACUUGUGGCUGGAGCGUCAAAAACCCACCAAUUGUCGGUGGUUAACCUCCAGUCAGCUCUGUCUGGCUACGUGAGUGUGCAGCAACAUGUUCCAUUCGAGAUGUGGAUUUAUCUAGGUACCGAUUUGGAUGAGAGAAAAGAAACGUUAGCUGCGUUGAAAGAGAGGAAACUGAGGGCUUCCCAAAUUUAUAUAGUGGAACGCACGAGGUUUCUAGAUCCUAUUAGUCCAUUCGCGGAACAUUCGAGAUUCGUGGCUCAGAAUGGAGACUACUGUGCGCUACGGUUCGAUAUCACACCGUACGAAGGGAUUUCGAGUGUGAAGAAAGUGUACGAUGCACUUUAUCACUAUUUCACCCACAUGGAGAUAUGGGUGACUGACAUUCUGGGAGGAGUGACGAUCAGAGAGGACGACGACAGUGCCGGUGACGGCAUUUCACAGAACCGACUGGUGUCUUCGUUGACCAAUGGAGUGGAAAUGGAGAUGAACAACGUCAUGUACUCAGAGUAUAGAGAGUAUGAUGACGAGUUUGGAGAUGGAGGAGCGUUUGGAUUGUUCACAGCAGAUUUUGUAGACAAGGACGAAUUGUUUCCGUAUGUACCAAAAGAACGAGUUCGGUACGACGUCACCGCCGUGUUGACGGUCAAGGCCCAUCAGCGUAAUCAGUUGAACGCUGCUGGGCAGCUGGAGAGCGAGCAAGUGGUGGUGCUGACUCGAUCGUGUCUGAUUAAACUUCGUCAUGGAGAAAUCCCCUUGGCAUCCGAGACGGCACAUGAACUGCGUGAAAGUGCAGGCAAAUGGGGCGACGUGAUGCUGCAAACAGUUCGCCAGCUAGUGUAUCGGUGAUGAUUGAUAGUUGACCAUUAGUCUAGCUAUAUAUUACCAUUCUGUAUUCACGAGAAGGUGAGCGGGGUCAACAUGCAGACGCUAAGGUUAACCAUGACGCCUCAGCAGAGGUAUCGAUGUAUAUGUAUGUAUAUCAAGCUACAACAAACGCUAAAUCUAUAUGAAGACAUACAUGGUAGUGUUUCGAUUAGCAGGUGAACAACUGAUGACCUAUUAGUCGGUAUUUCGUAUCAAAUCCAUUAAAACUUCAUCCACUACAACUUAGGAUCCAAGUGAAAACAAUAGGCAACUUUGUGGCCAACUGCGAG